CCCGAGAAUUAGCACAGUUCACCAAAGCCUUCCAGUCAGCUAAGAUCGUUGUCUGGUGUUUCAACUGGUCCUGAAAGCAUACUUGCUAGUUUUUCGGUCGUGAUGGCUUUCAAAUACGUCGCUCUGUUCGCUAUUAUCGCUGUGGCCAGCGCCCAGCACUAUCAGCAGUACCAGCAGCCACAGUACCAUCAUCAGCCCGAAUACCACCAAUACCAGCCACAGCAGGUUGUUUACAAGCAACCAGCGCUGCUCAAGACUGUCCAGCCCGCUCUGGUUAAAACUGUCCAGCCUGCUCUGGUCAAGACCGUGAAGCACGUCGAAUAUCCCGAUGCUCCGGCCGAGUACCAGUUUGCGUACGAUGUGCAUGAUGAUCACACCGGAGAUGUUAAGAGCCAGCAGGAGGAACGCCAUGGGGAUGUCGUCAAGGGACAGUACACCCUGAUCGAUGCUGAUGGUUACCGCCGCAUUGUCGAUUACACUGCUGAUGACCACAACGGAUUCAACGCUGUUGUCCGUCGUGAACCAGUCGAAGGUCACAAAGUUGUAAAGACUCUGGCUCCUGUUGCUAAGGUUGUUGCUCCUGUCUAUGCUGCUCCGGCUAAGGUCUAUGCUGCUCCGGCAGUCACCAAGGUGUUUGCUCCCCAGCCAGUGCACUAUCAGCACCAACCCGUCCAGCAGUACUACCAAGCUCCAGCUCCGGCUAAGGUGUAUGCCCCUGUCGCCAAGGUAGCUCUUCCGGCCGUCACUAAGGUUGCUCUUCCAGUUGCCAAGGUGACCUAUGCUCCGCAUCAAGAAGCUGUCAACCACGUCCAGUUCCACGGACCGUCCAGCAACUACAACUACUAAGUGAACUCCCGCUUGUCACACUGAGAUGAACGAAUCUGAUCAUAAUGAAAUUCGCGAAUGAAUGGCUGUUACGUUAACUAAUUGUAAAUACAAAUGUAGAUACAGUGCCUUCGAUCAAGGCUGCAAAUGUGCUAUAAUAAAUGAUAAAAUCAAACAUUUCUGUUUGAAAUGAUAA